AUGGACAAAGGGAAUUACACAGCUGUAACUGAGUUUUUUCUGGUGGGGCUUUCCCAUUACCCAGGCCUCCAGAUUUCUCUUUAUGUGCUCUGUUUGUUGAUGUACCUGGUGAUCCUAUUGGGAAAUAGCAUCCUCAUUAUUAUCAGCAUCCUGGAUCCCCACCUUCACACCCCUAUGUACUUUUUCCUUGGGAAUCUCUCCUUCCUGGAUAUCUGUUACACAUCUUCUUUCAUUCCUAAGAUUCUGAUUAAUUUUACAUCUGAAAGAAAAUCCAUCUCUUUCAUUGGAUGUACAUUACAGAUGGUUGUUUCUCUUGGACUAGGGUCAACAGAGUGUAUACUCCUAGCAGUGAUGGCCUAUGACAGGUAUGUCGCCAUCUGCAAUCCCCUAAGAUAUACCAUCAUCAUGAACAAGGGACUCUGUAUGCAAAUGGCGGCUUGGACCUGGAUAGCAGGAUUUCUGGUCUCCCUGGUACAAACUGUACUUGCCAUGAUAAAGCCUUUUUGUGGGAAUAUCAUUGACCAUAUUACCUGUGAGAUUCUGGCCCUUCUCAAGCUGAUUUGUGUAGACAUAUCUCUCAAUGUGUUUAUAAUGACAAUUGCAAGUAUCAUUAUCUUAAUCAUUCCUUUGACACUCAUUUUCAUCUCUUAUGUUUUCAUCCUUGCCACUAUCCUCAGAAUUAACUCUAGUGAAGGGAGAAAAAAAGCCUUUUCCACGUGUUCAGCCCACCUGACUGUUGUGAUCUUGUUCUAUGGCUCAGCCCUUUUCAUGUAUAUGAAGCCCAAGUCCAAAGACACAAAGACUUCUGAUGAGAUCAUUGUGCUUUCCUAUGGGGUAGUGACCCCAAUGCUGAACCCCAUCAUCUAUAGCCUGAGGAAUAAAGAGGUGAAAGGGGCUGUGAAGAAAGUUCUAUGCAGAAAUCUGUUCUUGCAGAAAGUAUGA